CAGCAGACAACCCAGCAGGGAGUCAGCCAAGCACGAGCCUCCCGCUCAGCCUCGUCAUUGUGUCUGCCCUGAACAAACUGGGAGCUGCAAGGAGCACCCCUCGCUUGGGAAACCGAACGGGCAGGCGCCAAGGGAUUGGCUGGCCUUCGUCAUGUGACUGAUGCCAGGCAACAUGUGCGAUUGGCCUUCUGGAUUGCAGACAGCUCUGGCGGAGUCUCAGUUUGUGCGCGGUCGAGUCCCCUGAAUCUCCUCAGCCGGCUGAGAGAACGGCGCUGCUCUGGAGGCUAGUAGCUCUGAAUUAGCAUCCAUCUGUAUUCCAGAUCAUUAGAGAAGUUUCCCUCAACUGAUGGUAACCCCAAAUUAAAACAGAACAGUAGAAGACCAUUGCUGGUAAAAGAACAAAUCCAAUGGGCUAUGAGAGUAAGAUUGUGAAUGAGAGCUUCUACACAUCUUAAUCUAAGACAGAAUCAUGAAUAAACUGCAGGAUAUCCAGGACCAGAUGAUACCAUGAAGAGAAGUUUACAGGUCCUCUAUUGCCAACUGCUUAGUGUUCUACUGAUCUUGGCACUGACAGAAGAGCUAUUAUUUGCUGUUCAGGGACUGUCUCCCAGCUUAGCAUCAUCUCAAGACCUCCUGACAAACAAUAUCAGCACCUCAGCUAUGGGGAUGACUCCUCGAGAGACAAGGCAUCACACGACUGAGCCUUCACCCACAGCUGCUGUUGCACGUUUCCAUUCUACUAGAUCGAUGGAGACUACCAUUUCUUCCAUUGGCCGGAAGAAGUCAAGCAGCAGCCCUGUUGGCAACAAGGAACCAUAUCACUUAUACAACCAGAGUGCUCUGUCUCCUGGAAAGACUCGACCUAUGGGGAAAAUAUUUCAGAUCGUCAAAGGCAACUUCACAGGAUUUACAGAGCCUUCUGUAAAAACAGGACUGUAUUCUCCUUCUCCUAACAUGAGGACCCAGUCUCCAAAUCACCCAUUUCAGACUCCUCCUACAACUCACAGAAGCAGAACUACAGUGCUGGUAACUACAACAGACUCAAAUGCUUCUUUCUACAGCAAUAUCUUGGAAGGCCUUAAAAAAGCAGAGAAGGGGAAUUCAGCGGAAACGGUUGUGCAGGAGACAGAUCUCACAAUACCGGCAACUGGCCCUUCGACUACUCCUGAAAUGGUGACGGUGCCUUUUAAGCCCCCGCGCUAUGGCAUAUGGGAUAUUUUAGGUAAAAAUGACUCUUGGGUAAUCUCAAACCAGACUGUAAACCAGGUACCCUUUUUUACCAGCCCUGGGACUGCAACAGUAGCAUCAGCAUCCAGUUAUGCUGGUCCAACGGGUGUGGAUGCUAACAUUUCAUUGCAUACAAUGGGAAGUCCUAAUGGAACAUCUAUGACAAUGCCCCCCUCUUGGUCUAAUACCAGCUUCCCAAGCAGAGCACUCUCCACAGAGCCCUCCACGUGGCUGCCAACUUCCACUUCGACAGCAACGGGAAAUUUCCUAAACAGAUUGGUACCUGCAGGAACCUGGAAACCUGGCAUGCCAGGAAAUAUUUCUCAUGUCACAGAGGGGGACAAGCCCCAGCACAGGGCAACAAUUUGUCUCAGCAAAGUGGAUAUAGCAUGGAUCAUUUUGGCCAUCAGUGUCCCCAUAUCAUCAUGCUCUGUCCUGCUAACUGUCUGUUGCAUGCGGAGGAAGAAGAAGACAUCUAACCCAGAAACUAACCUGAGCUACUGGAACAAUGCUAUCACCAUGGACUACUUCAACAGGCAUGCAGUAGAGUUGCCAAGAGAGAUCCAGUCCCUUGAAACGUCAGAGGACCACCUGUCUGAGCCACGCUCCCCAGCCAAUGGUGAUUACAGAGACACCGGCAUGGUCCUUGUUAACCCCUUCUGUCAAGAAACGCUAUUUGUAGGACAUGAGCAAGUGUCUGAAAUAUGAUCCCAUCCUUGUACUAGCAGCCCCAUCUUUAUUGUAUUCAGAUUAUAAAUAUAAAUCUAUAUAUUAUAAAUAUAACCUUUGCGUAAUCCUGAAUUAUGGGGAGGGGGGGGACAUUUUCAGCUCUUUUUUUUUUUGCUUAAGAAUUAUCAACCUCUUUUUAUAAGUGUGGUUAAAAACUUUACAGACCAAAUGUCAGCUUUAUAAAAUAAAAGCUAUUUCUAAGGAAAAA